UCAGCUCUACUCCACUCUCUCAUUUGAGUUUUACUGCUGACAGGUAGAAAACCAGAAUAAGGCAACUCUGGAGUCAAGAUUUAUUCUCAAAUGAGUCUUUAAUGACUUGGAAACAAAUUAGAUUCUUCAUGAAAAAUAUAACUGCAAGGAUGCAAGUUCUAAGUAAAGUUAAGCUUUACAUUUUGGGACCCACACUGGCUUUCCUGAUCUACAAAAUCUGGAGAAAGGACAAAAAGAUAAAAGAACUUCAGGAAAAACUUGAGAAGAGUGGACAGGAAAAAGAAGAACUGCAGAAAGAACUAGGCAUCCUUCAGAAUGAAACUGGCAUACUUCAGAGUGAAAUUGAUAGGAGGAAGUCUCAAUUCAAGCAUGCCUGGAGGAAUGCACCAUUAUAUCCUGAUUGGAGGAAAGAAGAAUUCAAAACUGCAAAUGUGACCCUGGAUGCAGAAACAGCUCAUCCUGCCCUCCUCCUGUCUGAAGAAGGGAGACGAGUUUCCUGGCAAGAAACGUGUCAAGAUCUUCCCAGCUCCCCACAGAGAUUCGACUCCAUUCCUUGUGUGCUGGGUGACAAGAGAUUCAGCUCAGAGAGAUAUUUCUGGAAAGUAGAGGUUGAGAAUGCCCGUUCCUGGGACCUGGGAGUUUGUAGGGAUAAUGUAACAAGGACGGGGAGGGUCACAGUAUCCCCACAGAAUGGUUUCUGGGCCAUUAGGUUCUAUGAGGGGGAGUAUUGGGCCCUCACCUCCCCAGAAACCCAUCUUACUCUAAGAGAAAAACCCUUUAUUGUGGGGGUAUUUCUGGAUUAUGAGGCUGGAGAUGUAUCUUUCUAUAAUAUGACAGAUGGAUCCCACAUCUUCACCUUUCCCCAGAACACAUUCUAUGGUGUCCUAAGGCCACGUUUCAGACUUUGGUCCUCUGAGUCAGGCUCCCUAACCAUCUGUCCAAGUGAAUGAGAAUGUGCUGAUGUUGUAAUUCAUAUGUCUACCCACCAUGAGAAAUGAUUACUUUGAUCCCCAAUAAA